AAAAUGAGUACUGUCGAUAAGAUGCUGAUCAAAGGCAUCCGGAGCUUCGACCCGGAGAACAAGAACGUCAUCACCUUCUUCAAGCCCUUGACCCUCAUCGUUGGCCCUAACGGCGCUGGCAAAACUACGAUCAUCGAGUGCUUGAAGCUUUCUUGCACCGGCGAACUGCCUCCAAAUGCUAGGUCUGGCCACAGUUUCAUCCAUGACCCUAAGGUUGCAGGGGAAACGGAGACAAAGGGGCAAAUUAAGCUACGAUUCAAGACGGCGGCGGGUAAGGACGUGGUGUGCAUUAGGUCCUUCCAGCUUACCCAAAAGGCUUCAAAAAUGGAGUACAAGGCCAUUGAGAGUGUACUUCAAACCAUUAAUCCUCACACUGGAGAGAAAGUUUGCCUUAGUUAUAGAUGUGCUGACAUGGAUCGGGAAAUUCCUGCUCUGAUGGGUGUCUCCAAGGCAAUUCUGGAAAAUGUUAUAUUUGUACACCAAGAUGAAGCCAAUUGGCCAUUGCAAGAUUCUUCCACUUUAAAGAAAAAGUUUGAUGACAUCUUCUCUGCUACCCGAUAUACAAAGGCGUUGGAAGUUAUAAAGAAACUUCACAAAGAUCAAGCUCAAGAGAUAAAGACCUACAAGCUGAAAUUGGAGAAUCUUCAGACGCUGAAAGAUGCUGCAUUUAAGCUUCGUGAAAGCAUUUCUCAUGAUCAACAAAGAGCGGAAUCCAUGAAAAGUGAGAUGCAGGAGUUGGAAGGAAGUAUACAGGAUUUGGAUGCUAAAAUUCUUCACACUGAAGAGACAUUGAAAGAGCUAAGGAAGUUGCAGCAACAGAUAUCAACUAAGACUGCUGAAAGAAGCACCUUAUUUGAGGAACAAGUGAGACGACAUGACGCCCUUGAAGAGGAGAAUGAAGACACUGAUGAAGAACUGGACGAAUGGAAGACUAAGUUUGAAGAAAGGAUUUUACUUCUAGAAGUUAAAAUCAAAAAGUUGGAAAGGGAAAUGAAUGACAUAGAAACUAAAAGUUCUUCACUCAACCAGUCAAUCAAAGACUCUAUUCGGGAUAUCAGCAAGCUUCAAACUGAAGUUGAAGCUUAUAUGUCCUUGAAGAACGAACGAGAUUCUACAAUUAAAAAUCUUUUCACAAGGCAUAAUUUAGGUCCUUUUCCAAAUCCUCCUUUUAGCAAUGAAGUAGCUUUGAACCUCACAGACAGAGUAAAGUCAAGGGUGAUGGAUCUUGAAAAGGAUUUACAAGACAAGAAGAAAUCAAAUGAAAUCAAGCUAAAGACAGCAUGGGAUCACUACAUAGAUGCAAAUGAUCGUUGGAAAAAUAUGGAGGCUCAAAAGAAGGCUAAAUUAGAAAUAAAGAGUGGCCUUCUCAAACGUAUUGAAGAGAAAGAAAAUGAGCGUGAGUCAUUUGAACUUGAAAUUUCAAAGGUUGAUCUUGGCAUUGAUGACAGAGAAAAAAACAUGGAAAUUGAGGUGGAAAGAAAAACAAACCAGCUUGCUGAAAGAGAAUUUGAAAUGAUUAUACGCCAAAAACAGAUUGAAUUGUAUAGCAUAGAGCAAAAGAUUAAGGAUCUUAAUCGUGAGAAAGAUAUCAUGGCUAGUGAUUCUGAGGACAGAGUCAAGCUGUCUUUGAAGAAGGCAGAACUGGAGAAGCACAAAAAGAAGCAUAGAAAGAUACUAGAUGAGUACAGAGAAAAAAUAAGAGGAGUACUAAAAGGAAGGCUUCCUCCAGACAAGGACUUGAAAAGGGAAAUUACUCAUGCCAUGAGGUCUGUUACAAUGGAGUUUGAUGACUUGAACAAUAAAUCUCGAGAGGCAGACAAGGAGGUGAAUAUGUUGCAGAUGAAAAUUCAAGAAGUUAAUAAUAACAUCUCCAAACUUCAAAAAGAUAUGGACUCAAGGAAGAGAUAUAUUGAAUCCAAACUUGAGUCCUUGGAUCAGCAGUCUUUUGCCAUUGCAUCCUAUCUGAAAGUCUUGGAGUCAGCUAAGGAAAAAAGAGAUGUCCAGAAAAGCAAAUACAACAUUGCCGAUGGUAUGCGGCAGAUGUUUGAUCCUUUUGAGAGAGUUGCCCGUGCUCAUCAUGUUUGCCCUUGCUGUGAACGUCCUUUCUCUGCACAAGAAGAAGACGAGUUUGUUAAAAAGCAAAGAGUGAAGGCUGCAAGUUCUGCUGAGCAUAUGAAAGUGUUGGCAGUAGAGUCCGCCAAUGCUGAGUCUUUCUUUCAGCAGUUGGAUAAGCUUCGUAUGGUUUAUGAAGAAUACAUUAAAACUGGCAAGGAAACAAUCCCAAAUGCGGAGAAAGAUUUACAUGAGCUUAAUGAGGAGCUGAAUCAGAAAUCUCAUGCCCUCGAUGAUGUGGUGGCUGUUUUAGCUCAUGUACAGGCUGAUAAAUCUGCAGUUGAGGCAUUAGUUCAACCAAUUGAAACUGCUGAUAGGUUAUUCCAAGAAAUUAAAACUUGGCAGCAACAAGUUGAUGAGUUGGAGAAUAAACUUGAUUUUCCAGGGCAAGGAGUAAGGUCCAUGGAAGAUAUUCAAAAGGAGCUAAGUACUUUGCAGAAUACAAAGGAUAAUUUGCAUAAUGAAGUAGAGAAGCUGAGGGAUGAACAAAGGUACAUGGAAAAGGAUUUAACGAGCAUUCAAAUUCGGUGGCACAAACUAAGGGAGGAUAAGACCAAAGUGGAUAGUGUAUUACAAGGUGUAAAAAAAGUAGAAGAAGAGUUGGAACGUUUGGCCGAGGAAAAAGGUCAAGUUGAUCUUGAUGAAAAGCAUUUGGCAGAGGCUCUUGGUCCUUUAUCAAGGGAGAAAGAUAAAUCAAUGAAUGAUUACAACGAACUGAAAGUUAAGCUUAAUCAUGAAUAUGAGGAACAGGCUGAACAAAAGAGAAGUUAUCAGCAGGAAGUUGAUUCACUACUCAGGAUUAAUUCUAAAAUAAAAGAGUAUCAUGACUUAAAGAAAGGAGAAAAGCUGAAGGAACUGCAGGAAAAGCAAUCUCUGUCAGAAUCUCAACUUCAAGAUUGUGAAACUAGGAAGCAGGAGAUUAUGGCUGAGCUGGACAAAAGUAAAGAGUUGAUGGCGAAGCAAAAUCAAUUACAACGAAAUAUUGACGACAACUUGAAUUAUCGGAAAAUAAAGGCUAGAGUAGAGAAGCUUGGACAAGAGAUUGAAUCACUGGAAGAAAGCAUGCUGAAGAUUGGUCGCAUUUCCACGUUUGAGAGUGAACUUCUGAAGCUCUCACAGGAAAGAGAGAGGCUUCUUUCGGAGUUAAAUAGGUGCCGCGGGACGAUAUCUGUUUACCAGGGCAACAUUUCAAAGAAUAAGGUUGAUCUAAAGCAGUCAAUAUACAAGGACAUCGACAAGCGGCACUUCAAUCAGCUAAUCCAGCUGAAGACAACUGAGAUGGCAAACAAGGACCUGGACAGAUACUACAAUGCUCUUGACAAGGCGCUCAUGCGCUUCCACACAAUGAAAAUGGAGGAAAUAAACAAAAUUAUUAGGGAGUUGUGGCAGCAAACUUACAGAGGGCAAGAUAUAGAUUAUAUCAGUAUCCAUUCUGAUUCUGAAGGUGCUGGAACUCGUUCUUACAGCUAUAAGGUAGUCAUGCAGACUGGUGAUGCAGAACUGGAAAUGAGAGGAAGAUGUAGUGCUGGUCAGAAGGUUCUUGCAUCCCUCAUCAUAAGAUUGGCUUUGGCGGAAACAUUUUGCCUCAAUUGUGGAAUACUAGCACUAGAUGAACCGACCACAAACUUGGAUGGCCCAAAUGCCGAGAGUCUUGCCGCAGCACUCCUCAGGAUCAUGGAGGAUAGGAAAGGCCAGGAAAAUUUUCAGUUGAUUGUAAUUACCCAUGAUGAGCGUUUUGCUCAACUAAUUGGUCAACGCCAGCAUGCAGAAAAAUACUAUCGGGUGACAAAAGAUGAUCACCAACACAGCAUAAUUGAAGCCCAGGAGAUAUUUGAUUGAAGCUUUCCAAAUGUGUACUUCUGCUCAAGUGUUCUGUACCAUGAAAAUGGAAGUGGUCCCAAACACUUGUCAAAAUGGAGGUUUUAACGGUAUCUCAGAAGCAGAAUCCAUAAGGGGAUCUUGAAAUCAACCUGUGAGUUUGUCAUGGCAUAAUUUCGUGUCAUUGUUUAAGAACCUAUCUUGGCCGGGUCUAAAGAAUAUUCUCUCUCUGGCCCUUCACUGAUAAGUAAUAGGUUCCUGUCUGUACUAAUCUUGUGCAAUAAUAUUUGUUAUUUUAUCUCAUGAUGGUGAUUGUUGAAUUGACUCUGGAAAUCACAAAUCCAACUAAUAUGGACUUCGGAGAGAUGUAGAAAUAAAGAGAUUUCUUUAUUAACCUUUGGGUAAAAUACUACAAAAA